UUAUGUAAUGAUUUGAAGUCACAAACUUAAUGCUGUGUUUCUUUGCUUAAAAGUAAUCUCAGCCUGAUUGCAAAUAUGAUGGAUUUAGCUUCAUCAAGUGUUGGUGGUCAUAUAGUAAUGGCAUCUUCAAAUGAUUCUAGAUUUCCGCCAAGGAAUAUUUUGGAUGGGAAACUUGAUACUUUUUGGGUCACAACAGGUCUUUAUCCUCAGUGUUUUGUUCUCUCUUUAUCAGAAGCAGCAGAUGUAAAAGCAAUAACUAUGCAUUCUUAUAAUAUUAAAGAUCUCAGAAUAGAAAAGUCUAUAAAAGAAGAUCCCGUGGAAUUUGAAGAAAUUUUAGAAACAGGUCUUGAAUCAAGUGAAGGAACACCCCAACAGAAAACAUUUUCACCUGCUUUGUGUGAAGCAAGAUAUUUGAAAUUCAUAAUUAAUUCAGGAUAUGAUCACUUUUGUACAGUUUUUAAAAUUACAGUUAGUGGAACUGUUCUUUGAAGUGCAAGAAAAAAAUAUAAAUAUUAAAAACUUCUUAAUGAU